AUGCUCGAGAGCGACGACUUGGGCGGCGAUGGUUUCGACUGGGAUCAACAGCGCAUUGACAGGGUGAUGGACAGACUGCGCCAGCUCUUCGCCCUCUUCAAACGGACACUGCCCGCGCAUCGUUACGACCUCUGGAUUGAGCUGUACAAGAAGUUCUUCGUCGGCACCGUCACCGUCAAGGAGUUUGCCGACCAAAUUGGCGACGUUCUACAAGGAGCCCUUCAAGCCGAGAACGGUGAGGUGCGGGCGACGCUCUGGGAGAUCGGAAGGACGAAUCUGAGGUGGAAGCCGCGACAUCGCGACUACGACUCGAAUGGACAGCCACUCCCGCUCCGCUCGAUCGUCACUUUCGGGGAUCGCCGCGCUCUGCUGGCCAUCAGAUGCGCCGAGAGGGGAGCGUCCUUCGAGAGGGAACUCGUUGAUGUGCUCGUCGAGGCCGGCAAUGACUAUAUUCAGGAACUCGUGCUGUCGAGUUGCCCCCAAGCCGACGGUAUCGAUGGCUUCAUCGAGACGGCCGGGGCUCAGGGGCCAUUCGGGAUCCCGGAUCUGCAUCAUCUACUACGCAAAAGAAGCACAGAUCCGGAGCUGCCAGCGGAGAUGCGAGAAUUGGCCGCCAGGCAGCUGGCCACCACUAUCGAAAAGACGACUGAUGAACAGAGAACGGCUCGGCCACCACGAUGGGAUGUUGACGCGGAUGAGGAGGAUGACGAUCUCUACGCCGACGCCUUCGAUUUGGACGAGUUUGAAGCGGACGUUCUUGGACAGCCCGUAAAAGAGGAUUACGACGAUCAGGGAAAGAUGAAGGCGUACGAAGAGGUGGAUUCUGAUGAGGAGGAGCACGAGAUGGAGGACGGGACGCUGGCCGGGGUCGAGCAGCUCUCCCAGCGUGUAGAUGACCACGACUUGACGCUCGACCUCUUGGAGGAGUCUGAAAAAGCAGCCUCCGACCAGGCCGAAGAAGGACGAGGAGAGGAGCUGGACAAGAAGAAGCCUCCGACUAGCCCGGAAAAGGACGAGGAGCACGAGCCGGUGGAGGAGGAGCUAGUCAAUAAGUCUCUGACCAAGCCUAUCAAAACCCUCCCGGCUCUGGUGGACUAUGACGAGGAGGAGGAGGAGCUUUUGGAGCACGACAUCCCGCCGUCGCCCGUCGAGAAGGAGACGCUCCGCGGAAAUGAAGCCAAAUCGGGAGCUGUGGCUGAACACCCGCAGUUUGACGGCCGUGGCGAUCACAACGAGGGGAUGGCCGGAAAUCGGGAAAAUGACGAUUCGGAAGACGAUCUCGACAUGACGGCGACGAUGGGCCAAUUUGAUGACGCGCCCGACGAGCAGCACCAGGCGUUGAACAACACGCUCAACGAGGGCAAGUCGAACGCGUCGGCAUCGACGACCGAUCGCGGCGAGCACGACGACGACGUCGUCAAGACGUCCAAAGAUAAUGGCGACGGCGGGUGGCUGGCGGACUGGCGGAAAACGGUCAACUUGACGGGGUCGGCUGGAGACGACCAAGCUGAGGCUGCUGAACCGGGCGGACGAGGCGACGGAGACGCUCUAGCCGCCGCCUUCGGCGACGACAUCUCGUUCUCGGACCAGCCCGGGCCGUCGAAAAGGUUCAACGACCUGCUCCAGUCGAUGCCCAACGACGUCGUCCUGCCGCCCAAUUCUGAUGAUGACCACGACGAAGACGUGCCGCCGCCCACACCGGUGCCCGUCCCCCGUCCGACGGCCACAAAAACGCGCUCACAAUCCGUGGCCAAGAAGGCGCCGCCGAAGAAACGUCAGCCACCCAAGUCCCGCGCCUCACCCAGGGCCCCGAAAAGUGGUCGAAACGCGAAAGCCGUUGUCGACGCCGACGACAAGGUCAGCCCGGCGAAGCGGAAGCGGACCAGCUCGCACUAUGACGACGAUCCGCCCUACAACCCAAGGAGGGGUCCGGCCAAGAGCAAGAAGCCCGCAAAGCCCAAGAAGCCAACGGCGGCGUCACGAUCGAAAAGCAAGGGCCGACGCGUAGAUGAUCAGCCCGCCGACGGGAACGAGUCCGACUUCGACAACUUGCCGGAAAACGACGACGGCUCGGACUCGGCGGACAAACCGGGCCCAUCAAAGCCAAAGAAGAAGAGCCCGCCGAAAAAGCAGAAGAUGGCCAACAACAUCAAGGAGGACGAGGAGGAAGAGUCGGACGACGGCUACAACCCCAAAAAGCACAAAAAGCCGACGGCGCCUUCGCGCUCGAACAGACGCGGAGAUGAUCAGCCCGUCGACGGGGACGCGUUCGACUUCGACAACUGGCCGGAAAACGACGACUUCUCGGACGCCGACAAACCGGGCCCAUCAAAGCCAAAGAAGAAGAGCCCGCCGAAAAAGGAGAAGAAGAUGGCCAGCAACAUCAAGGAGGACAAGGGCCACGGCGAGGAGGACGAGGUCGACACGAAGAGCAAGAAUAAGAAGAAGCCGGCCAGCAGCAAGAAGAAGCUGAAAGAAGCGGAAGAAGAUGAUGGAUCAUCCACCAUCGACCCCGAGCACAUCCCCACCCCCAAACACGCCUCCGCCGCCAAGAAGCACGAAUUCAAGCUCGCCAUGAAGCAGCUGUCCACCGAGAAACACGAUCUGCCCACCCUGGCUCGACUGCGCAACGAGCUGAUGAAUCGCGUGUGGCAGGAGGAGGGGGAUGAGGAGGAGCAGGAGGAGGACGAGCACGAGAAGAAGAAGAAGCCUGUCACCCGCUCGCGAAGCCACAAGAAGAAA